CAUACAUAAAUACUAGUAGGGGUCCAACUUACAACCCCCACUCCUCUCCGUCUGCGCAGAGUCGUCAUAUGCAAUUUUCUACCAUUAAUGUAGAACUCGCAACCACUUUCCCUCUACUUAACCAUAUAAAAUAAAUAUUAAAGUCUUUACGGCUGAGUAGAGCGGAUAUGCAUGUUUCAAUAUUUUUACUUACCCCUAUAUAAGGUGACUGGCAGGCUGGAGUAGGGAUAUACCUUCUGUUAGCCCCUAUUUCUAGAACCGUACGAAGGCAAGCGUCUAUCACGAGUCGCUUUACCUAAUGGGAUUAGUUCGAUCGACUGCCUAAACUUGGGGUAACAAUAGUUCAACCGGCUAAAUGUGAUAGUUCCUUGUUCGGGACAUCAUUGCUGAGUCCUGCCGAAGCCGAAGCCAAGAAGCAGAUUCCCAAGCGUCAUCGUCAAGUAUAACUUUCCCUCAAAAACAGGGACCUACCUAACCCAUUGAAUACAUGCUCGUUCUCUUCCUUCAGACUUUACGAGAAAGCUAUUUCACUCUUUCAUCGCCAUUAUGCCUCUAAUUCGCAAUCCAAUACUGCCAGGGUUUAACGCCGACCCUUCUAUACUCCGGGUCGGUAGCGAUUAUUACAUCGCGACAUCUACGUUCGAGUGGUAUCCGGGGGUGCAGAUUCACCACUCCAAAGACCUGGCAAACUGGGAAUUGGUCACGCGCCCCCUGAGCCGCAAGUCUCAAUUGGAUAUGCGCGGUGACCCCGAUAGUUGCGGCGUGUGGGCUCCUUGUCUUACACACGAUGGCGAGAAGUUCUGGCUGGUGUAUACGGACGUGAAGCGGAAAGACGGUUCUUUCAAGGAUACCCACAAUUACAUCGUGAACGCUCCGUCGAUAGAGGGGCCUUGGUCCGACCCCGUAUACGCCAAUUCUUCGGGAUUCGAUCCUUCGCUAUUUCAUGAUGACGACGGCAAGAAAUGGUUCGUAAACAUGUUGCAGGACCACCGCCGUCGACCUCGCUCAUUUGCGGGUAUUGUCCUACAAGAAUUCGAUCCUGCGGCGGGAAAGCUCGUCGGCCCAAAGAAGAAUAUCUUCCUUGGAACGGAGUUGGAUCUUGUCGAGGGGCCACAUCUAUAUAAGAGGAAUGGGUGGUAUUAUCUCCUGACGGCCGAAGGUGGUACAGCCUAUCACCAUGCUUGCACAUUGGCUCGUUCUCGCGAUAUCUGGGGUCCGUACGAAGUGCAUCCUGAGAAACAUAUCCUCACCUCAAAGGACGCCCCGCUUGCAGCUCUACAGAGAGCUGGUCAUGGUGAUAUAGUAGAGACUCCCGAGGGGAAAACUUAUCUAGUACAUCUAACAGGCCGUCCGACUAACCAGGAACGUCGCUGUGUACUUGGCCGUGAAACCGCCAUCCAAGAGGCUUUCUGGAAGGACGGUUGGCUUUUCGUGAAGGACGGUCCUGUCCCUUCGCUCUAUGUCGACGUUCCCGGAACUCGCGACGACAGCAAAUAUUGGGCAGAGCAGAGAUACACUUUCGGAGAUGGCCUACACAAAGACUUUCAAUGGCUGAGAACGCCCGAAACCGAGCGCAUCUUUACUACACAAGACGGCAAACUCACAUUAUUCGGCCGGGAGAGCAUCGGUUCGUGGUUUGAACAAGCACUAGUCGCGAGGAGACAGACUCAUUUCUCCUAUGAUGCGGAGACGGUGAUCGACUUUUCUCCGACAGAUGAGAGACAGUUCGCUGGGCUUGCUGCAUACUAUUGCAGAUACAACUUUUUCUACUUAACCGUGACGGCUCAUUCCGAUGGCCAACGCGAGCUCCUUAUUCUGAGCUCGGAGGUAUCCUGGCCCGACGGAAACCUCACCACGCCGCUCGCGGACCCAGUGCAGAUACCUAACGAGGGGAAGGUCAAGCUGGCAUUGACGAUCCGUGGUCGCGAACUACAGUUCUCUUACGCCUUGGAUGGCGACGAAUUGAAGAAAAUUGGGCCAGUCUACGACGCUUCUAUUCUAUCUGACGAAUGCGGCGGUCAUCAGGCUCAUGGAAGCUUCACAGGGGCGUUUGUGGGAAUGGCUGCCUCUGAUAUCAAUGGGACUGCGCUGCCUGCAACUUUUGACUAUUUCGUCUAUAGGCCCGUUCAACACCAUACUGAUAGAUAUGACAUAUGAAUUGCUCUCUGGUAAUUUAAAUGUUGCCUAGCAUGUAUGAUCGAAAUGCAUAGCUCUUGCACUAGCCAGCGUCCCUAUGGAGACGCGGCUUCUAAUAUCACCUACCCAACGAAAUAAAUAAAGACGCACCUUCCUUA